AUGGAUAAGGAGGAGGCCCUUAGGAUCGAUUUCACCAAAAAGUACGGCCCGAUAUGGAAGGAGCGUUUAGGAACCUUGGAGUUUGUCAACCUAGCCAAGCCAGGUCUUGUGGAAGCCAUGUACAGAAACGACAGCAGGUAUCCGAGGAGGUUAGACAUGAAGCCUUGGAAGGUCUACAGAGCACACCGGGAUGAAUCAUUAGGAGUACUAACGCACGAAGGUAAAGAAUGGCAUCGAGCUCGACGGACGAUCGGCAAGAAGAUCAUGCCUCCCAGGGAGGUAGCCGGGUUCACCGGUGUCAUCAACGAGAUCGUCACCGACAUGAUCGAGAGACUCCGCUUCGUUCGAGACACCAAGGGUGAAGGCGAUGGAGUGGUACCGGAUCUUCAGAACGAGAUGUACAAGUGGUCGAUGGAAUCCGUCUUCAAGCUUCUCCUGGAGACCAGGAUAGGUUGUCUGAAAGAACCGAUCCCAGAGGAGUCUCAAAGGUUCAUCAAUGCGGUAGGUCAGAUGUUCGCAUCGGGUCAGAUCAUGUUCCUCACCUCACCCGAGUGGUUCCGGCGGUGGAACCUCAAGCCUUGGAGGGACCACGAAGCAGCCUGGGACUACAUCUUCAACUUCGCCAAGAAGUCAAUUGACGAUCGUCUUCAGGAGCUAUCUCUUGCAGCCUUGGUAGAGGAAGGUGGCGUGGUAGAAGACAGCGGUAUCCUAAGCCAUCUGCUAGCCAGUCAGCAGCUUAGUAUGAAAGAGGUCUACAGCAACUCUUGUGAGCUCCUACUCGCUGGCGUUGAUACGACGUCGAAUACGCUGGCAUGGGCUUUGUAUGAACUAUCUCGUCACCCAGACACCCAGGAGAGACUGGCCAAAGAAAUUGAGGGCGCCCUUGCCAAAAAGGACAGAUGUAUCCCAGAGCAUGAUGAUCUUCAGUGUAUGCCACUAUUGAAAGGGGUCAUCAAAGAAACACUGAGGUUGUAUCCUGUAGUUCCUGCCAACAACCGAGUGUUGGAUAAAGACGUAGCGAUAGGCGGAUAUCACAUACCAAAAGGGACCAUGAUUGGAUCUCUUCAGUACGUGAUGGGACGAGACCCCGAGAUCUACCCCGACCCUCAUACAUUCUUACCCGAUCGAUGGCUGAGGAAUAGCGGUGAGGAGAACCAAGCUGAUGGGAGAGUGUCAUCUUUCUCUUCCUUACCAUUUGGGUUUGGACCCAGGAUGUGUAUCGGUAGAAGGCUUGCCGAGUUGGAGAUGCAUUUAGCACUAGCAAGGAUAUCUAAAUCUUUCAAGCUACGAUACCACGGCACAGAAGAGGUCUUCCCUGCUAUCCGGGGUAUCCUUGUACCAGGCUCACCUCUUAAAAUCAGCUUCAGGGAUAGAUGAAAGAGCCUGAUGAUCAUGUCGGGCUUACCAUCCUUGUGACCAAACACACUUCAAAUGAGCGUCAGGGAUGUAGGUGGAAAGAGCUGAUAACGAGACUCUUUUAAGCCACAUAAGAGAUAACUUUGCCAGAUUCGCUUGUAAUCACCUUCCGGAAGUGGGAAACGAUCGAAGAAGAUUGAACAGAGAAUUUCUGUCCACCUAUGCGAAAGAUCUUGUUCCCAGAUUCGCUUAAAUCGGCUUUAGGUGAAGAGAAUACGGUAGAUGUUGUCGCUACCGAAAAAUUAUAGUUCCAAGCCAAAUCGUAAAAUCGUCGCAAUGGAUCGCUUAAAAUAACCCAAUACUAUGGAAGGUCUUUGAAAUGGAAGGGAUUUGGGAAGUGGCUCACUGCCAUUUACAGUACUUCAGGGAUAGAUAAAGACAUCUUCUUGACGGUUCGAGGAUUUUGACUCUGGUCAGACUCCAUGCUGAAAAUCAGUGAUUGGAAAUUUCAGGGCAUCGGAGGGAUUUUGGGGGUAUAAAUGUCACAAUUCUGCACUUGACUCAACUCCAUGGCUGUAUGACAAGGCCAGAGAAAAUUACCGCGUCUUCUUAAAUUUCCAAAACCUACAUUUUUAUUUCAAUUUUUCAUACAAAUUUAUCUCAAGUGUGCACCAAAUUUCAAUUUGUAAAUUAAAAAACGGAACUUUUCUGAUCACAUUGGUAGCCAUCGUUUCCAAAUUGCACAUGUCAGUGUAUGUUCUUUAACAUUUCAGCUGUUUUUUUUUCUUCCCUAGGUAAAAAUAAAAUGUGUACGGCCAUGCUCUGAGCUCACAAUGAAUUUUUGUUGUACAAAAGAAAAAAAAAUAGAAUAAGAGUGGAGAAGAUUAUUUUUUUGUAUAUUCGUAUUUUACUGAACAUUAAAAAAAAAGUUUCUGUUGUAAUAAUGAUGUCUCCAAUUUUCGCAAUGAUUCAUUUCUAUAACUACCUACACGUAUUUUAUUUACGAUAAAGUUUCUAUUUAUUCAUAGUCAGUUCACCAAUAUUGACGAGCUAUAACGUGAUAUUUAUUUCUAUCUGACUAAGCGUUUCAUCUACCUGUUAUAUAUCUAAUUUAUUUGCAUUGUGUUCAUAUGUUUAUACUUUGUAGUUUUGCUUGAGUUGCACCAAUGAAACCGACUCCAAACCAAGGGAAAUAUUAUGAUGUAUCUUUUGAGAUUUGAAAGUUAAUCCUAAAGAUUUAAAAUAAAUCCAACAUUCGGCUGGUCACUAUCCACAGCCGAUCUUGAUCUAUUUUAAAUCCUUGAUUUUUAGAGUGUAUCCUUACAUGUCUUUUAGUUAUAGCUUGAGAUCAAGCAUUCUUUUGGUGAAGAGCUUACUGAAGAUGGGAUGUUUUGUUUUACUCACUUUUGUUUGAUGCUAUAAAAACUUGUUUUAUUAAGGGUUAUUAAGCGUGUUCAAACAUAAUUUAUCGUCAUCCCAUCAUCAUGAUUAUCAAUUUCAAUAUUAUCAUCAUGAUCGUUGUUAUCUUCAUCAUAAUCAUCACCACCAUCAUCAUUAAAAUCAUCAUUGUCAUCACUAUCAUCAUCAUCACCACCACUACCACAUCAUCAUCAUCACUAUCAUCAUUAAAAUCAUCAUUAUCAUUGUCAUUACUAUCAUCAUCAUCAUCAUAACCAUCAUUAUCAUUGUCAUUACUAUAAUAUUCAUCAUCAUAAUCAUCAUUAUCAUUGUCAUCACUUUCAUCAUCAUCAUCAUCAUCAUCACCACCACCACCACCACCACCACUACCAUAUCAUCAUCAUCACCAUCGUCGUUAUCAUAGUCGUCAAUAUCAUAAUUGUCACCUUUACUGUUUUAAUUAGGUAAAUGUCAUUUUGUAUAUCAUUACCCCUUUGAAAAUAGGUUGAACGAGUCAAUUAGCAUGCUAGUGUGGGAAUCAGUACAAUGCUGUUUUUCAGACAAGAGUAGAUGUCUGCUUAAUUAGGCAAAUCCAGAAUCCUGUAAUAGAAAAAUUACCUUUAAAAAUAUUUUCGAAGUACUUUGAUUCUGUUUCCCUGCUGAUGCCUUUCAUAGAGUUAUUUUACUUUUAAAUAAUUGUUUACAAAUUAUAAUUUCCUCCUAUUAAAGCCUCUUCAUUUACUAGAGUAAUUUUUUUUAAAUUUACAUUUCACGUAAUAAUUUGCAAAGCUAAGAUAGCCCUGCAUUAGGUUGGCCUGGACUGUUAAUGUUGUAGAAUGUUCCCCCUGUGGUGAUGCGGUGUUAAGUUUCAUACAAAUGGAAGGACAACUCUUUAUUCUUAGAUGAUUGCAUUUCCAAAAUAGAAAUGAUAUCAAUGGGCAAUCUGAUUAUUGAAGUCAUAUGUAAGAAUAAAUGAAAACUUACAGCGAUUGGAAGAAAAUAGUAUUUUUUGUUGUUCUGUCGAUUAUUUUUUAUUCACCGCUAUCUGACUGCAGGGAUACCGUUCCUCGAUUUUCACAUAUUCUUAUAAGAUUUCAUAUUUCUUCUUACAAAUAAUUAAGGGGGAAAACGUUUUGGCAUGCCAUUGAAGUUUGAUGGCGCAAUUUAUUGUUUGCCAUACAUGCAUAGUCCCUGCAGGUUUACUGUAUUGCCUGCUGGAGCGCAAAGGAGUGGGCGGUGGUCAGGACGGUAAUUAUUUUUGUCUUUUAUGUAUCCAUUGUUGCCUUUUAAAUAAUUUAUAACCUAAGAUUGAAGAAGCUUUAAAUGCACUUUGCCAAAGAUUUCAGAAGAUUUUAUGGUAUUAUAUUCAACGUCAAUGUGAUGCUUAGAUCUUAUUUAUCCUCCAUUUCGAUGGGUUGUUUUAACUGGAGUAAUUUGAAAUCAAAUUGUAACUGAUGUUAACCCUGUGCCGUAUGUAUGAUAUGAAUCAUUUGUAUUUUUACUGUUAUACUUACCAUCAUUAGUAUCUAUUAGUAUUUAUAUGCAAGGGUGUUACUUUAAUAAACAUAAAAACCUCUCCCCUGACUAAUACUAAGGCAAAUAAAUGCAAAUUCAGUGGUGAAUGGAGAAGAAAGUAUAAAUGACUUUAUGAUUAAUCACCUCAGUGUUUCCCCGAUAAAAGAGGCAAAACUAAGUAAUCCGUUGUAUGGAAUGCUGAUAAAACAUGGUUAAUGUGUGUUUUCUUUGCACGUGUGUUGGAAAAAAAUGAUGGGUAUUUGCGACUAAAAUUAUUCGGGUAUAUAUUUCUUCAAAUCACGCCUUGUGUCAGUGAAUGGUCUUAUAUUGUGUUGCUUCGUUGCUUAUAAACUCUCAAUUCACUGGAUUAGAUUAAUCUGUAUCGUCACCACAUUUUGUUAUGUAAAUACAUUUUUUAUCAACUUCUAAUAUGUCUCGUUAAACAAUAAAAUAUAUAUAUUGUAUUAUUAAAA